CUGCGAGGUGGCUCAUAGUCGUAUCAGUCGGUGUGACAGAUGGCACAGACAUAUGUUCCGCGUGUUUAUCAGUGUAGGGUAAAGGGUUGAUGCAGCACGCGUGGAGCUCGAUGCAAUUCGUUACACAAUGGCACAGGAGUCAAAGAAAGUGGAGUCGGUGUGUGUGUCUUUCAUCAGCGAUGACAAACAUGUGUUCAGGCUCCUGCUAUGGGGAAUUCUACUGGUCACUGAGGUGUUCAUCUACAGCUCGUACACUAUUCUGGCGCAUCUGUGUCUAGUGGAUGGGAAACUGCCGUUCAGGUCGUCGUCCGUUGUCUUCUCCACGGAGGUCCUCAAGAUUGUCUUGUCGAUAGCAAUGAUGUUGCCCGAACUGGGUCGAGGUGACAUCACAAUGCCGUCACUGCCCAACUGUAUCCCAUUCGUUGUUCCAGCCGUGCUGUACUGUAUCAACAACAACCUCAGUGUUUACAUGCAGGUUCAGAUGGACCCCACCACCUACCAGAUCUUGGGGAACACGAAGGUGGCAACCACGGCAAUCCUGUACAGGAUCAUUAUACAACGGAAGCUGAGCGGUGUGCAGUGGAUAUCCCUGGGAGUUCUCAGCAUAUCCGGCAUCUUAGACAGCUAUGGCGGUAUGCAGAACAAGGCCUCUGUCUGGUCAGGAGAGAUACACCUAACAGUUACGGGGCUUCUCAUGAUGUGCGCCUACUGUUGGAUAUCAGGCCUCGCCGGUGUCUACACGGAAUACAUAUUAAAGAAACAAUAUGAGACAUCCCUCCACGUUCAGAAUACCCUGUUGUACACAUUCGGCAUCGUCCUGAACGGGGGAGUGUGGGCCGUGCAGGAGGCAGUGAGCGGCAAGGAAGGGGAGAGACGUUUGAAUCUGUUCGAAGGCUUCACGUUCAAGACGUGGGCAAUAGUUGUGUCCUUGGCCUUCAACGGGCUGAUAAUGUCGGCCAUCAUGAAGCACGGCAGCAACAUCACACGUCUCUUCAUCAUCUCCUGCGCCAUGUUGGUGACGACUCUACUCUCUGUCGCCAUCUUCCAGUUGGCCCUGAACAUGUAUUAUAUCUUGGCGUUUAUCUUGGUCGUUGUAGCCUUGUACAUGUAUCACAGAUGAUACUCUUUCUAUAUGAAGUACGAUAAAAGAUGAUGGACUUAUCAAGUCCUUGUUGCGUUUGCGUAAAGCUGUUGUGAAUAUGAGUGAGUGUGGUUUUACGCCGCUUUUAGCAAUAUUCCCGCAAUAUCAAGACGGGGGACACCAGAAAUGGGCUUCAAUCAUUGUACCCAUAUCGGGAAUCGUACAAGGGUCUUCGGCGUGAUGAGCGAAAGCUUUAACCAAUAGGCUACCCAACCGCCCCUACGUGAAUAUGAAGUACAUUAUGUUCAUGUAUAUGCUGUCUAUAUGUUAAUACUGUAUUAGAGCUCCAGGCCAGAUUGGAGUACACUCUUGUUGUUGUCGUUUCAUCCUCCUCAUUAUUCCGCCGUUUCUUAAUCUGUUAGCAGUGGUCCUUUUCUGUCCCAUCUUUCUGGUAGGCCUCAGAGGAAAGGGCAUAUAAAUUAUAAAUGAGUGAGUGAGUGAGUAUGGUUUUACGCCGCUUUUAGCAAUAUUCCAGCAAUAUCACGGCGGGGGACACCAGAAAUGGGCUUCACACAUCGUACCCAUGUCGGGAAUCGAACCCGGGUCUUCGGCGUGACGAGCGAACGCUUUAACCACUAGGCUACCCGACCGCCUAAAUUAUAAAUGACUCAUUUGAAGAAACAUAGCUUGGUCUAUUGCAUCGGAACCACUCAUCCAAUAACUGUCAAGCUUUGGUCGUUGGUCACGUCGUUUGGCUGCUAUGUUGGUUUCAAGGUUUUCUACAAAUGUACAUCCAACCAUCAAAACUAACGUUUAACAUUUUCGGAAACGUCUCACAGCUACUAACUGUGAUCUUUGUUUCGUAUACAAAAUAAUCAUACUUGGUAUUUCUCAUCAGGAAUUGAAUAGAAAACUUGAAAUGUCUGCAGGAGGGAUCAACUUCAGAUCAGGGUUGGCAGUUAUGUCGCAUUUACACUUUCGCCCAUAUUUCAGGUACAUGUCUCACUGAGGUUUCUCACCUAAAAUCACUGUUUGAUUGUUUCCAAUCUUUCCACAAAGGUUUUCAAAGGUUCUGCAGGGAGAACAAUGAAACUUAUGUGCAUAAUUGUAACGAAUCAACAUAAGAUGUUGCACUUUUUUCUUGAGUGGGUCAUAUUUGAUUAAUAUUUCAUCUGAAAUAAAAAUGCAAAUUCCGCUUAUUAAUACUGAAUAAAGCGUCUGUUAUAUAUGCGAAUACCUCCCAUUACUGCCCUCAGACUGUCGAAGUCUCUUUGAUACAAGCAAGCAGGAACCGGGAAUUAUUUGCUAUGGUUGUCAAUUACUGUAAACGUAUGUUACUUUCAUUCGAAAGAGAAACUUUUUUGGUUGCUUCGAAUGUACAGGUACAGUCAUCCAAUGAAAUAGGCCGUACUUCAUGAACUAGGUAAUGGAGGCCGCUAAAGUACAAGUAAAGUUGACAACUGAUUAAUUGAUUUGUGUAUGUGGAAGGAUGAAGUGCAGAUUAAAA